UCUCCUACAGUUGUGCGGAGCGCUAGGACCCCGCCACUUCUGUCAGGCCUGCUGCACGCCUUCGCCUCCCCCCCUGGCAGGCAGUGUGCGCGAGGAGUGUGCUAGUGGUUGCGUUCGGGAGUGUGAACUCAUGUAGUGUGCGCUCGUAUGCCUCGGUACGACAAGAGAAGCGAAAAUCUUUGCGUGUCCGAGAACUUGCUUGUCGUCGAAAGCGAGGAUCUGUCCGUCUCGUCUCCUGCUGGAGAGGACAGCGCUGCACAGAUGCUCGAAGGUCUCGGUGGCCGCCUCGCUGGACUCUGAUCUCCCGUCGGUGCAUUUUGGUUGGCGAGAGUCCGCGCGCGGCUCAGCGGUCCUUGCAAGAUGAAUAACGAAGGCGUGGGUAACAACAGCCCUCUGUCGACCGACACCCUGAACCUCGGCAUGAGCCCGGGCGUGAGCGAGGUCGUGGGCGUGGUUGGGUCGACGCGGCGCACCUCGCGGGUCUGGCGCUACUUCGGCAUGGUCGACAACUGCCACUACAUCUGCCGCCUGUGCUCCUUCGUCGGUGCCUACACCAACACCACCAACAUGCGCAAGCACAUCCAGCACCACCACCCCGAGCGGUUCCAGGACAUCCUGGACCACACGCGGCCCACCACACGCCCCUUCUACACCAACACGCUCACCCGCAUGCGGCCGCCGCAGAACUUCCCCGUCGCCGCCGCCCAGGGCCCCACGUACCCGCUGGUCUACGCGCAGAGCGUCGCGCCCAAGAGGAUGAUCCUGCCUAAGCCCCCGGAGCUGAACUUCGGCCACGCCCACGGCGGGGGCACGGACCACACUCUGACCCCAACGGUGCCCGCCCAGCCGCCGCAAGUGCCUUCGUCGCAGCACGCCUCCUUGAUCCUGCCGCCCACGCAGGCGCCCGCCACCUCGGGCCUGUCCUACUCCUCCCAGGCGCCGUCAGCCGCCGUGGCCACGCCGUCGGUCUCGCCGGCGCACCCGAACGCGGUGACCGCCUGCGAGCUCAGUCCGGAGGAGUCGAAGCUCGUGAACCAGUUCUUCCCUCCCUUAGGCGAAGCCACCGAGUGCUCAAGCGAUUCGGACACCACGUCUCGAGGUCUCCCGGGCACGGAGGAGAGAGGGGCAGGCGAGUUCGGGCAGGGGGGCGAGGACAUGCCCGUGUCACUGUCCCCGGAGCAGUUCCUGUCGGAGGCCAGCGAGCGGGAACCGACUCCUGCGCCCCCGACCCCCACCCCUCCAAAGCCUGUGAAUUUCCGUCUUCCAGAGAGUUACCAGCUGCGGCAUAACAACCACCUGACGAUCGUGCUGGAGGCCCUCGCUCGCGAUGAAGCCUUCAUGGACGUCACGCUGACCGCCCAGGGAAGGUCUCUCAAAGCCCAUAAGUCAGUGUUGUCAGCUGUCAGCCCUUAUUUCCGGGGAGUGUUGCGGGACAACCCGUGCCAGCAUCCCAUCAUUAUUAUGCCACGGGAUGUUCGCUUUGAAGAGCUUUACAGCAUAGUCAAUUAUAUUUACAAGGGUGAAAUGACAGUAGCAGCAGAAGAUCUGACUUCGUUACUGAAGACCGCUGAAAUUCUCCAAGUGUCAGGCCUGGCACCUUCGGAUUCGACGGCAACGGUGAACCCCAGCACAGAAUCUUGCGCUACCGGCAAUGUCCGGUCUUCUUCUGCCUCCUCAUCCUCGUCGUCUUCCACCCACCCGCCCGGGGCAAGAACAGUGAGGCCCCCCAAGGCAACUCCUCAGGGAGUCGCCACACCACCAGCCAGACCCAAAUCUCGAGACUGUAUGAUAAACCCAACAGAUUUCAUGGAUGUGGACAUGACUUGUGUUAAGGAGGAAGUAGCAAGUGGAGGCGAAGAAGAGGAGGACAGUGCAAAUAACGAGGUUGCCAUUCCGCCCCCGGCAAACGAAAAUGGAAAGCAAGACGAGCCCCAGGAAACAAGAAACAGUUCCCCAACUAUAGAGCAUGUACAAGAGACGACUCCAACGGUACCUGUCAGUCAAGUCCAAGAACCCACGACCACAGCAGCCACCCCGACCAUAAAAUCGGAGCCCGGAGGUUCUGUAGAUCACCCCCCUGCCAGCAUUGCCCCUGAAGACCCCAUACCGUUCAUGUGUCCCCACUGCCAAGAAAUACACAGAAGUAAUGAAAUGAUAAUGUCACAUCUCAGACUGAAACAUCCAAGUAAGCCCAGUUUUGUUUGCGGAUGUGGACGCGUGUUUGUUCGGCAGCUCCAGCACCAAGCCCACACAAGAGUAUGUUCUAGUUCAUCUUGAGAUCUUGUUGCUAUCACUGAGAGAGACUUGCAGCUGCAAUGAAGAAAAUAUUAAAGUAAAUUAUUCUUUUUUUAUCAAAUGUUUUACUUAUUUAUUUAUUUAUUUUUAAAGUCAAACGAAAGAGGAAGUGCACUAUAAAUUCACCAUUUAUUUAAAGAGGUGAGAUAAAAAUGUCAGAAUCUUGGGAUUCUAACUUUCGGUCCGUAGUUUGGAAGGAGAAAUGUAAUAUAUAAAAAUGACAGGGAAAUGGGGAAUGAUAGAUAUUUCCAAAGGGUAGCAUGUGAGGGAAAGGAAGUUUAAGACUCCUAAGAACUUUUUUGUAAGUGUAGAGUGAGAAAAUUAAAGCCACAUGUAAUUGAUCCUCCAGUUUGAUUAAUAUAGCUCUAAAAUAAAGGUCUUUUACAAAAGCCUCAUUUGAAGGGAUAGAGUUACAGUUGCAAGGAGGAAAAGAUGAAACAAUACUAAGUGAUUUGAUGCAGUGAGAGUUUACUAAGGGCAUUGUUACAGAGUAACCAGAUUUUUACUGAUAAUUUCUUCAGUGGGAACUUUGUUUAAUAGAAACACAUGAAUACUCUGCAGAUUGGUGCUUUUAGACAUACAGAGAAGAAAACUUGCCCAUGUAGAGCAUUAUAUGCACUGGUAUACCAUCUCUGUGGUAGAAUUCAGAAUGAUGGGCAGCAGCUUCUUUUGGGAUGUAUCUUCUGUACUACAUUUGUACUCAGGAUUUUAUCACUUACCUAUGCAGGUUAUGCUGACGAAUAGCUCCUCUGUAAUAAGUCCCCCUUGAGGUUGGAAAUCAUUACAUCCUUCACGUAUAAUUUCCAUCUGCAAAUUUUGAAGUUAGUGUUAUCCUCUGGGUAUUUGUGGAUUCGCUUGUCAAAAGGUUCCUCUCACACUAUUGAUUGAACAUCCUACUGAAAAAAAUCUUUAAUGCAGAAGUCGGUUUCUCUGCUUUGGGCAAAAGAGAGAGAUUUUAUAAAUAUUUCCAGUAGGCUUUACGAUAUGGCUCUCACUCAUAGAUCUUUUCUUUUCCAAUCACUUUUAUCUGACAUUAGUCCCAGUUUAACCUUCAAGUUUGGUGAUAGUUGUGUACGCAAAUUUAUGCUUACAAACUAUAACUCGUGUCAGUUAUCCAUUGAACUGCUUGCAUAAUUUGACCUUCAGUUAACUUUACCUGCCAGUAUCUUUUGUUUAUUGAGGUUUCAUUUUUUUUUUCAUAAAUAAAAACCUUUUGUUCAGUGUAUUACAGACUUUAUAUGGGUCUUUUCUCCAUAUCUGAAGAAAGAAUCAGUCAAGGCAAAAAUGAUCUUGUCACCUCUUUUCAAUUAAAUGAGUGCAUUUAUAAUAAGGGCCUUUAAUUCACAAUCAGUAUUGACCUAAUGCUGCUACAAAUCAGACAUAUGUGUAUAUUUUUUCAACAGUGACUUCUAGCUAAUAUGUGGCAGUUAAAAAAAGUAUAUAUAUAUAUAUCUUAGUUUUUAUAUGUUACAUAUUCUUGUCCAUAGUUUUAUGCCAAGGCAUAAAACACCUGUGUAUACUUAAGCAACUUCUUUCAUGAAAUCUUUAUUGCCACUGAAAUUCAAGUGAUAUUCUUAAGAUAAAGGAUAUGUGUUUUCAAAGUUUUAACACAGUGCUAGUAAUUAUUUAUAUGUAAUAUGUUGUCAGGAGUAGUUUCAAUUUGAUGCUGAGCAUCUUUUCUUGUAUGUGAUUAUAUAGUAGUAUGGUGACAUACAGGGAGUAAAUUACCUGAAGAUAAAGUGAGAAAAGUUAGUUUAAAUAUCUGUAGAAUAGAGAAAGAGUGUAUUGUACCUUCUUAAGCACAGUAAUAAAAAAACAUUCACUUAUGUACAUAUUUCCUGUACUGUAGUUGUAAUACAGAAGUUUUGUAUUAUAUUGCAAUACUUUUUGUCUUUAUAAGCAACAAAUUUCCUAUAAGAAGUUUGGAGAUGGAUUUUAGAUGAAAACUGUGUCAGUUUUUUAUUGAUGCUGAAAUAUUUUGGGAAAAAAAGUUGUGAUUCUGUACAAAGUUCAAUAAACAACAAAUUUUA